AUGGCGGCAGAUCAAACCCUAAAAACCACUACCAAGGAUGAUGUCAAGUGCACCCCAUGUGGCCAAGUCCCGUCGCCGCCACCUCCCUCUCCGCCGCCGCCGUCUCCGCCUCCGGCCACUUCAACCAACAACUGCCCUCCACCACCUUCUCCUCCAUCAUCCGGAAGCGGCGGCGGCGGAAACACUUACUACUACUCUCCGCCGCCACCCUCUCAGUACUACUAUCAACCGCCGGCCUCCACCGGAAGCGGCGGAGGGAUCGGCGGAACUUACUAUUCUCCACCGAACUAUAAAAACUACCCGACACCACCUCCGCCGAACCCAAUUGUCCCUUACUUCCCGUUCUACUAUCACACCCCACCGGCGGCAUCCACGGCGGCGCCACUUCCGGCGGCGGUUUACGGUGCUGCUUUGUUCUCUUUUCUCGUGGCGUUGCUUUUGUAG